AUGUUUGACGAAGACCAGGAAUUGGCAUUCCGUUUAUCAAAUGGCCAUAAUUUAAUUAUAAGUGGCCAGGCAGGUACAGGAAAGACAUAUCUUAUUAAGAACAUUGUUAGAAAAUAUAGAAAAGAAAGAAAUGUCGCCAUCGUGUGUUCCACGGGCAUAGCAGCCACUCAUUAUGGUGACCUGGGGGCUAUCACUCUACACAAGUGGUCGGGAAUCGAGGAUGGGAGGCAUGUCACAGAGGAACUUAUCCACCUUGUUCUGUCAGAUGAACGUUUUGUUAAAGUUAAAAAUAACAUUGAAACCACAGAACUUCUUGUUAUUGACGAAAUAUCCAUGAUAAGUGCCAAAACGUUUAAUCAAUUAGAAAUGCUAUGUAGAAAUAUAAGAAACAAUGACCGUUAUUUUGGGGGAAUGCAAGUUAUUCUUGCUGGUGACUUUUAUCAGUUACCCCCAGUCGCUAAUGAAAUUAUUGGUGAUCCAGGUAACCACUGUUAUAAAUUACCAUGGUUUAAUAACUGCUUCCCACAUAAAGUGAAAUUAAACAUUAUACAUAGACAGAGUGACCCUACUCUUAUCAAAUGUAUAAAUGAGCUAGAGAUAGGAGAUCCGUCUGAUGAAAGUGUAGCUUUUCUGAAGUCUUUAGACCGACCACUUCCCAAUGAGGAAGAGUGUACUCAUCUCUUUGCCCGCAAUUAUGAUGUAGACAUUUUCAAUUAUAACAAAUUACAAAAUUUACCAGGAGAACUCAAACUGUACAAAGCAACAGAUGAAGGAUCCAACCACUAUUUAAGCAAAUUCCUAGCACCCAAAAAUUUAGGACUUAAAGUUGGUUGUCCAGUGAUGCUUGUCAGAAAUUUAAGUGAUUCUUUAGUGAAUGGCUUAUGUGGCACUGUCGUUCAACUCAUGUCUGACUCUGUUGAUGUGAAAUUUGUUUUUGAAAAAAGAAACACUAUUGUGACUGUUAAGCCAGUGGUUUUUACAACUUUUGAUCCAGUGGAUAAGAUUACCAUAGCAAAAAGAACUCAAUUACCAUUGAAAUUAGCAUAUGCAAUGACUGUGCAUAAAGCACAAGGAAUGACCUUGAAGAAUGUUGUCAUUAAUUGUGAAAACUGUUAUCAGCCAGGGCAAAUUGGUGUUGCUGUAGGACGAGCACAGGAUGUUGAGGGUCUACGAGUGAUAAAUUUCAAAAAAACAUUAUGUCGCAAGCAUCCACUCCAUGUUACAAAGCUUUAUGAAAAUUUUACCAUAGGCAAUGUGCAAAAUGAUUUGUCUUGCUGUAGGGGAAUUAGAAGUGAAGAAACUCAAGACUCUGAUGAUGAUGAUGGUGAUGAUGAUGAUUUCGACCUUUCAGAAAAUAGAAGUAUUGAUGCAAAUUUUGACUCUGACUCUGAUUUUUCAGAUAGUGAAAUUGAGAAAUUGGAAAUUUUAGACUCUCUUAUUGAACAACAAAUUAUUACUGGAGAGGAGUCAUCAUCAAAUGCAAAGGCAGCCCUAGAUUCCGCUUUUUCUGAAUUUGUUGGAACGCCUUUGGAAAAUGAGAUGUGA